AUUUCCCUCGCCAAAAAGAUUUGGGAGAGAAAGUUGCUUACUUAUCAAGUUUACAACUUACGAGAUUUUGCUACUAAAGGACAGGUGGACGAUUAUCCCUAUGGAGGAGGAGCCGGCAUGGUCUUAAAAAUUGAGCCAUUAGUGGCUGCCCUGGCUGCUAUUCAAGAGACUUAUCCGAACAGUUAUUUAAUUUUACUUUCCCCCCAAGGCAAAAAAUUUAUCCAAGAAGAUGUACCGAGACUCCUUAAUCAAUCCCCCAAUUUACAAAUAUCAAUUGGUGAUUUUAUUGCCAUGGGAGGAGAGAUACCAGCAUUGACAAUUACGGAUGCUUUAAUUCGGGCUAUUCCGGGAGCAAUUGACCCACAAUCUUAUCAGCAGGAAACUUUUGCUAAUUCACAAUUAGAUUUUGCCGCUUAUACCCGCCCCGAAGUGUUUGAAGGUCUAAAAGUCCCCUCCGUGCUGCUAUCCGGAAAUCAUAAGGAGAUUGACGAAUGA